AUGAUGGGGGAGCUGAUAUUUUUUGUCGUACAGCUGAACAGAGAGCCUUUUAAGAAAAACUUCAAUCUCAUUACAUUCGACUCUCUGGAGCCAAUGCAGUUACUGCAGACUUUAAAUGAUGCUCUGGCUGAAAUUGAUCCAAAGCAAGCCAUUGAUAUACGUGAGGAAAUGCCUGAGCAGACAGCCAAGAGAAUGUUUACUCUUCUGGGGAUGCUGAAAUACAAACCUCCUGGAGGAAUGUCUGAAGUAAGCAGUUUUCGUCAGGGUUUGGUGAUAGGCAGUAAGCCCGUGGUGCACCCCAUCUUGCACUGGCUGUUACAGAGGAUUCCAGAGCUGAAGAAGAGAGCGUACCUGGCCAGGUUCCUCGUCAAACUAGAGGUUCCUGCUGAGUUUCUCCAAGAUGAUGUCAUUGCUGAGACCUUCCACCAGUAUGAGGAGCUGGUGGGGGGAUUCAAGAACAUCCACAAAGAGUGUGAGCAGCUGAAGAGCUCAGGUUUCUCCACUGCUGAGAUUCGACGGGACAUUGUUGCAAUGGAGGAGGAGAAGGAUCAACUCAUAAAAAGGGUGGAGCGGCUUAAAAAGAGGGUGGAGGCAGUGUCAAACCAUCAACGCAUGCUGGAACUGGCCAGACAGCUAAGAGUGGAAAAAGAAAGAGAAGAAUCUCUUGCUCAUCAGAAACAGGAGCAGAAGAACCAGCUCUUCCAGGCAGAGCAGAGACUGCAGAGAUGUCAGAUCCAGCUUAGAGACUUGCAGCAGGCCGCUGCAGAUGAAAAGCCAGAGAGCCUUAUGAAGAGACUCGAAGAGGACAUUAAGUUCAACUCCUACAUGGUGUCUGAGAAGCUGCCCAGAGAGCUGGAGAACACGAGAAAGGUGGUAAAGUACUUACAGAAGGUGGCGUCUGAGCCUGCUUUGGGCCAAGCAGAACUGAGGGAGCUGGAGGACAAGAUCAGAGAAACCAACACAGAGAUCAACCAUCUGAUUGAGAAGAAGAUGAUGCGUAACGACCCAAUGGAUGAUAAACUCUCUUUGUUCAGACAGCAGGCUGCUAUUAUAGUCCGUAAAAAGGAAACCAAGGUGGAGGAGUUGCAGGAGGCCCGUGAGGAGUUGGCGGCUGUGGAGAGAGAACUGAACAUGAAGAGCAGUCAGGCACAAGAGCGGGGUGGAGCAAAGCUGAUCCGUGGAGAUGAGCAUUUAUUUGUCAGGAAAAGUCUGCCAGAUGCACGUUUUGCACCAUCAGGUGGAAUUUUGCAGAUUUUAUUUUAAAACUAUAGAUCAAAC